AUGGGUACAACUAAUAAUGCAAAUCCAACAACACUAUUUAAACAAACUUUUCACUUGAUAGGAGUGCCAUCUCAACCAAAAGUUGCGCGUAGUCUAAUAUUCACGUUACGUCAUCGACGUGUGAAGGCUGGUCCAAGGAGUAUGGCUAGUGAUCAAAUAUGCUAUACUUUAGUUGGUUUGUCAUCUGAAGCAAAGACAUAUACUGAGCAAAAACUCAAAGACGAUUUGCAGAACAGCAAUGAUAAUGUGAAAAGAGAGGCACUUAAGGAACUUAUUCGGCUAAUUAUUAAUGGCGAAAAGUUUCCCAAUUUAUUGAUGACUGUGAUUCGCUUUGUUAUGCCGUCACAGGAUCACAUGAUUAAAAAGCUGUUGCUUCUAUUCUGGGAAGUCGUGCCUAAGUACAGUUCAGAUGGAAAACUUCUACAUGAAAUGAUACUAGUGUGUGAUGCUUAUCGCAAAGAUUUACAACAUCCUAAUGAAUUCAUCCGUGGAUCAACUUUACGAUUUCUGUGUAAAUUAAAAGAACCUGAAUUACUGGAGCCUAUUAUGCCAUCUAUUCAACAGUGUCUGGAACAUCGACAUGCAUAUGUUCGACGAAAUGCAGUGCUGGCAAUUUUUACGAUAUACAAAAACUUCGAAUCUCUUAUUCCGGAUGCACCUGAAAAAAUUUUAAGAUUCCUCGAACAAGAGCAAGAUUCUUCUUGCAAAAGGAAUGCUUUUAUGAUGUUACUUCAUGUCAGUCAGAGUACUGCUCUUGAUUACCUUACUUCUUGUUUGGAUGAAGUACAAAAUUUCGGUGAUAUUCUUCAGCUCAUAGUGGUAGAGUUAAUCUACAAAGUAUGUCUUGCUAAACCUUCUGAAAGGCUACGAUUUAUUCGUUGUAUUUACAGCUUAUUACAAUCUAGUAGUGCUGCUGUGCGCUAUGAAGCUGCAGGAACGCUGACAACACUAAGUUCCGCCCCGAGUGCCAUUAAGGCAGCCGCAAGUUGUUACAUUAAUUUAAUCCUGAAAGAAAGUGAUAACAAUGUAAAACUAAUUGUAUUGUCACGUCUCACUGAUUUACGUCAGUAUCAUGAGCGUAUUUUACAAGACCUAAUCAUGGAUAUCGUGCAGAUCAUAAAUGCAUCUGACAUGGAAGUUCGUCAGAAAACACUUAAUUUGACGAUGGAUUUAGUGACAGCUCGUACAGCGGAAGAAUUGAUUAAAAUAUUUCGUAAAGAACUUAUCAAAGCUUGCAGCACGAAUACCCGACCUUCAGCUUCAGCUAGUGAUGGAGAGAAGUCUUCUGGAGAUGAUCAAAAUUCUGACGAAUCCGUUUACCGUUUUUCACUAGUCCAUACUAUAUAUGAUAUUUGCUUACGGUUUCCAGAAGUAUUACCAAGCAUUGUACCGACAGUUUGUGAAAUUUUGACCUACGAAGAAAUCGGCGAUACACGAGCUGCAAAUGAGGCUUGUAAAUUUUUACGUGAAAUUUUGGAGCGAUUUCCUCAAAGAAAGGCUGACAUUUUGGAAAAAUUGAUGCAAAUAUUUCCAUCGAUUAUCGGUCGUGAAACUCUUCGACAUUUAGUGUGGAUUUUUGGUGAAUAUUGUACUACUUAUGAAGAAAUUAACUCUUUUAUGACUCUUAUUCGACAGGUUAUCGGCGAGCUACCACUUGUUGAUGAGGAGUUACGCAGACAAGCCAGUCAAGUGAAUUCAGUAGAUUCGUCUGCUGAAAACCAAAGUCAGCCGUCCGUACUAAUUUCAGGUGAUGUAAAUGUUGGUGUCAAUCCAGCACAACGUGUUACUGCAGAUGGGACAUACGCAACUCAGUCUGCUCUCACUCUUCGUUCAAAUAAAGAUUCUAGUUCAGUGAAUGCAAUCAAACGACCUGUCCUACAGGCAGCUCUUUUCGAAUCACAUUAUAUGCCUGGAGUUGUAUUAUCUGCCUGUUUAGUGAAAUUAUUUUAUCGAUAUUCAUUGAUUCUUAAACAAGAACAAAUGAAAACGGUUAAAGAUGAAGGCACAAAAACCAAAAUAAUGUCAAAAGAAAAUUCAUUCGCUGCUGAAUGCAUGCUUAUUAUUGCUAGUAUGAUACAUUUGGCUACUAGUCAACUACUUCCACAUCAAGUAAAUCCUGACCACUUAGAUCGCAUGUGGAUUUGUCUAAAGAUCUUGGCUGAUCGUCGUCCUGAAGUUUUAGAGGCUUUCGAACAUACAUCUCGUGGCUGUCUUACUGAAAUGCUUGCAUACCAAGAGUCGGAACGUAAAAACAAUGCUAAAGCUCGUAAUCAAGGCUUAAUUGAGCAUCAAAAACAAUUGGCUGAGUUGAAUCGUGCGGACGCGCCAAUCAAAUUCUCUCUACUUACUGGCCAAACUGAGUUCGGUGACACAGUAGAUCGUUUUGACUUGACACUUAGUCAAGCACUGGGUGCAGGUGGAAAAGGCAGUGCUGGUGAUGCUUAUGCUACAUCUAAACUCAGUAAGGUUCACCAAUUAACUGGCUUUUCUGAUCCUGUAUACGCAGAAGCGUAUGUUCAUGUGAAUCAAUUCGAUAUUUUGUUAGAUGUAUUAGUUGUUAAUCAAACUAAAGAUACACUGCAAAAUUUAACAUUAGAACUGUCUACAUUAGGUGAUUUACGUCUGGUUGAAAAACCCAGUCCAUUAACAAUUGCACCUCAAGAUUUUGCUAAUAUCAAAGCAAAUAUUAAAGUUUCUUCCACAGAAAAUGGUAUCAUCUUUGGAAAUAUAUCCUACGAUGUUCGGGGUUCAUCUGGCGAGACAACUUGCAUUGUGUUAAAUGAUAUUCAUAUUGAUAUUAUGGAGUACAUUAUGCCAGCCACUUGUACACCAAGUGAAUUUCGUCAAAUGUGGUCUGAAUUUGAAUGGGAGAAUAAGGUUACUGUGAAUACACAAAUCAAAGAUCUGUUCACCUAUUUGUCUCAAAUUACAAGGCAUACGAAUUUACGUUGCCUAACACCUACCGAGGCUCUUUCAGGUGAUUGUGAUUAUCUUUGCGUGACGCUUUAUGCCAAGACAAUAUUUGGCGAACAUGUUUUAGCUAAUUUAUGUUUGGAAAAAGCGGAAGCUGAUCAACCUGUAACUGGUCAUGUGCGAAUCCGGGCUAAAACACAGGGUAUGGCUGUUACAAUGGGAGAAAGAGUUAGUAGCUGUCAAAAGAACUGGCCAGUUAAUAAUUCUCGAACCCCGAGCGACAACACUACAAAACAUCAAGAUGAUGAGAAUUCCAAUGAAAAUGUAAUACGUUCUCAUUCACCAGUUAAUAAUACAUUGGUGAAUAGUCACUAA